GUUUUGCAGGGAACAGGGCUCAGGGAUGUGGGGGUGUGGGGACACCUGGCUUCCUCUCUUGGGGUGACUCAGGGUGGGGGGACAGGCUGCUGGAGCAGUGGGGUCUCCGUCCUCCUCCACCACAGGAUGUGGGUGCCUGCAGGCUGUACCAAACCUGGGUUCCCCUGUGGGCCUGGGGCACCCCACACAGCUGAGGCUGGCCCCGCUUCCUGGCCCCACACUGGACCCAAGGGGCAGAUUUCAGCCCAGAGGCUUUGGGGGUCCUGGCUGACCCCAGCCAAGAGCGGGGGCUGCAGGGGGUGGGUCAAGAUCCAGCCAUAUCCCACCGGCAGCUGCUCACGUCAACUUUGGGGCUCUCUGUUCCCUGCGCUCUGCCGCAGGGACGGUCCUGAGCUGGGGAGGGCUGCAGGGACGAGGGGCUGAGGCAGCCCCUGGGCCCAGGCAUGUCGCCGGGAGAAGCCAGAGGCUCAACCUGCCCCAGACCCCUCAAGCUGCCUGAGCCCAGUCCCAGCGAGGUGCCAGCCGGGGGGUGCAUGUGCCCUGUGCCCUGCACUGGCAGCUCCUGGGCACGCCAGCUCCAGUCCAUGCCAUGGGGACCCGUGUGGUGCCCUGAAGAAGCCCCCGGCACACUGUGCUCAGGGCGGCUGCCAACUGUCCCUGUGCCCUGGCUGGGCAUCAGCGUCCCACCGUGCCCAGCACUGGCACCCAUCACCCUCCAGCAGCACCGUGGCCCCCCCAGGUGGUCCGUGACCAUCCUGCCUAUUGAGGGACAAAGGCGGAGAAGUGCCACCACUUGCCCCGGCCAUCCUCAGGUGCAGGGCUGGGGCAGCAGUGCCAUGCCAGGGGGGCUGUGUCCUGUGCCCCAGGGCACCGGGGUGCCGGAGGGGCUUGUCUCGGGGCGCCAGCUGACCCCACCAUGAUACCCUCUCACCCCGCCGGGGCGAGCCGGCAGUUCCUGCCCCACCGGCAACGCACACCGUAAUUAGUGCAGGCAGGGCGGAAGCAUCAGUGAUAAUUGGUGGUGACUCGUUACCGUUGGAGCGCCAUGUGCCCAGGGUGCAGCAGGACUUUCCGGCAGGGCUGGUCUGCAGUGUCGGCUGGCACUCCGGUGCGCCGGCUGCCGUGCGGGGCCUGGCUGGCUCCCUGCCGCCAGAGCGGGGCCGGGGCUGGGUGCGGGGGCGAGCACCGUCAUCACCUUUGCUUCAUGCCACAGCACGCCCCGGCCCCACCAACCCCUUGUAAAAGGCACGGCUGCGGGCUGGUGUCGGGGCGCUGCCGGCACAGACGGUGAGAGCACAGGGACUGUGCGGAGGUGGGCAAAGGAGAGGCAGAGGACAGGGGAUAAGGGGGUACCAGGGGUCCCCUUGGCUGGCCAGGCUUUCCCGUAGCGCCCACGCGACCCCACGCGAGGUGACUUGACGUGCGUCGUGCCCUUGCACAGGCAGGCGCCCGCAACACCAUGAACCGGAUCACGGUGUACGAGCGUGCCAACUUUGAGGGGCUGAGCCGGGAGUUCACCUGCGACGUGCCCGACCUGCAUGAGCUGGAUUUUGGGGACUGCAUCGCCUCCCUGAAGGUAGUGGGGCAGCCCUGGAUCGCCUACACGGACCCCAAGUAUGAAGGGGAGCCGCACGCCUUUGAGGAGGGCGAGUACCCCUCCGUGGGGCGGCCCAACAGCUUCUCGGCGCUGCGUCUUGUGCACCAUGACCUGGGGGACCCCCAGAUCACCCUCUACGAGCAUCCCAAUUUCCAAGGCGCCUGCAAGGUGGUGACGGAGGAGACCAACUUGGCAUACGGGUACUUCAAUGACCGGGUGGCCUCUCACGUAGUGCAGCGAGGGGUCUGGCUGCUCUACCAGCACCCUGGUCGUGGUGGUUGGCACUGCCUGGCAUGGCCCGGCGAGCGUCUCGCCGACUACAAACUCGAGCUGAACUUCCAGGCUCGGCUGUCCCACCUGCGCCCGCUGCGACCCGGGCGGCCCCUGGUCUCGGCGCGUCUCCUCUGGGAGCAGAAGCGGGUGGAGGCAGAGCGGGAGGUGCUGGUGGAUGAGAUCGAAGGGGUGAACGAGACGGAGUCAGAGCAGGCACUGGCGGCCAGCAGCAGCCGGGAGUACGGCACCACACUCUGGCAGAGCUUCCACUUCAGCAACGCCACCAGCCUCAAAGCCGGGCUCUCCUUCACGCUGACCGUGGAAGCCUCCAACAUCUUUACAGUGCAGAAAGGGCGCAGCGAAUCCAGCACCCGCCGGGAACGCGUGGAGGUGCAGCUGCCGGCUAAGAUUCCCCCACGCACAGCACUCAGCAUCCAGGUCUUGCGGAAGGAGGUGACGCUCUCCGUCCCGGUCCUGCUCACCAUCACCCAGAACGAAGCCAUUCGUACGGAGAUGGGCGAGUACCGCAGCGUCUCGGGUACCAACAUCAGUGCCCGCUAUACCUUGAAGCCUCUGCCAGCUGCAGGCAGGGAGCAAGCAGCCGCUGAGGGGAUGGAGCUGGUGCCUGGUACCAGGAUGGAGCUGUAACUGUAGCUUCGUCCCGGUGCCGGGUACUGGCUCUGUCCCCUUGGUGGUGUGGGAUCCCUGGGGACACCGGCGCUGCGUCAGACAUGGGUCGGCUCCGGCUGGCAGGACCUGUCGGUGCCUUCUCCCGCCGGGUGUUGCCAAUAAACGCCCUUCCCCAACC